UCUCCGCCCCUUUUCUCUGACACACAGGAAUUACAGAUAAAUGUUUCGACCCUUUAUUUUGCUCCUCCUCAGGGCAAAUGGCUAUGGCUGCUCCUUCGACCGCAGCCGCAGCGGACCUGGGACCGCGAAAAAUAUUCGGAGCCCGGGAAAUGUCCAGGGCCCCACAGCCUGAGGCUCCUGGCAAGUUCGGGGGACCGUGCGGGCGGCCCGGGGACGCAGCGGCGGGAGCAGGCCCAGCUAAGGCGGAGACCCUGGGGGGCGCGGGGCCCGAGCGGGCAGUCCCUUGGCUGUGUCCCGACCACUGCGACCGGACGGCCGAACUGUUCUGCAGCCGCUGCAAACGCUGCGUGUGCGCCCUGUGCCCACUGCUGGGUUCGCACCAAGGCCAUCCAGUGCGCUUAGUCCACGAGGAAGUGGGCUUCAAGCAGAAAGAUAUCCAAAAGUGCUUGAAGCAGCUAGCCUUGAAAAAGAAGCAAGAAGUUACCAACAUCAGCAAAGUGAACAAAGCUACUGCUGAUCUUAAGGAACAUUCUGAAGCUGCCAAAAUGUGGAUAACAGGAAAAUUUACUGAACUCCGGUUAUUACUUGAUGAAGAGGAAAUGGCUGCAAAGCAAUUCAUUGAUAAAAACACCCAACAGGCAUUUAGAACAUAUGAUGAGCAAGUGGAAUUGUGCCAUGAACGAAUUAAUAACAUGAACAACUUUUCCUAUAAAAUCCAAAAAAUACACCAACAAGAAGAUCCUAUUCAAUUGUUACAGGAAUAUACAGCAUCAGAAAAGGAAAUGAUGCAGCAGAUGAUUCCUACAGAAUUAUGCUAUCCAAUACCUGUCACAUUUGAGCAUGCUAAGACCUAUUAUAGGAACUUAUCCACAGCUGUUUUUACCACUCUACAGAUGUCACUGGAAGUGCGCCUUAAAGAAGACACCUGCUGCCAGCUUUCUGUAUCUUCCAAGAUAAAACCUGGUACCCUGCUGAAAACACUUUACACACCUGAACGUUUACUCUUCUUAAAAUAUGCCAGAAUCCCAACCCUGGAACCAGACACUAUGCAUUCCCGGCUACGUUUGUCUGAUGACCGUUUGACAGUGACCUGUGUUUUGAUUAGCAAGAUUCAAUUAUGUAAUCCCCAAAGGUUUGAUAAACUGUGGCAGGUGCUGAGCCGGGACUCUUUCUUUUCUGGGAGUCAUUACUGGGAGGUGGAUUUGCUCAAGUCUGGGUUAGGAUGGUGGAUAGGAGUAGCCUAUUCUUCUAUUCAACGCAAAGGAGAUUCUGAAGCCAGUCGUUUGGGGUUUAAUAGAGAAUCUUGGUGUAUAAAAAGAUUUGAUCUAGAAUACUGGGCAUUUCAUAAUGGAGAAAGGACACGAAUAACAACAGACAAUGAUCCUGAAAAGAUCGGAAUUUUCCUGGACUACGAGGCUGGAAUUCUCUCUUUUUAUGACGUAACAUGUGGUAUGACACACUUGCACACAUUUAACUCAAGAUUCCAAGAGCCGCUUUAUCCAGCAUUGAGGUUAUGGGAAGGAUCUAUAACCAUACGGAAGUUGCCAUAGGGCCCACCUAAUCCUAGGAGACAGCUGAUCCCAGCUUAAGUGAUGAAGGGCAUAGGAAGGUACUCUUUUUGUGCUAUAAUGAGAAUAAUAAUGGUAGUAACUAACAUUUGUACAGCACUUAAAAGUUUGCAAAGUAGUUUAUGUACACAUUAUUUCAUUUGAAUCUCACAGGAAUCCUGUGAGAUAGAUACUCUUGAUAUUAUUAUCCCAUUUUACAGAUGUGGAAAUUGAGAUCCACUGACUUCCUCAUGAUCGGAUAGUUAAAAUAUUGGAGGAGAAAUAUGAAGCCAGAUCUUGCCAAUUCCCAAGUUCAGAGCUCUGUCCCCUAUGUUGUCUUGAGAGUAGGGAUAGCAAAGCCACUGACUGUUUUUCAGCCCUCUAGCACCAUCCAUCUUUUUGUCCAAUCAAACAUAUAAUCAGAUUAGCAAGUCUCUGUGAAGGAAAACAAAGAUGUGGAUAGCGUUGUUGCAAACAAUUUUGUGGUAUGUUUAAAGCAAGCAUGAAAGUUUAAAGCUAUUACUUUAGGCUGUAUAAGAAUAUGGAUAUGUCAAGUGCAAUAGCUAAGGAUGCUAGAGAGUAAUGUUUAUUAGUACUAACUAAUAGUAAUAACUGUUGGCAUAAACAUUACUAUUUUAUACUAGGUAUUAACACUAGGUACUAAUGUUUAUCACUAUUAACUAGUAGUAAUAACUAUUAGCUUUAAAAUUACUAUUAGUGUUAUUAAACCAGAUAGUAAUGAUAAUGUUAGAUAGUGAUAUUUAUAUAUAAUACUACUAACUGCUAACAUUACUAGUAAUAUUAAUAUACUAGGUAAUAAUGUUAAUGCUAGGUGGAAAUGUUAUGACAUAAAACAAAGAAAAAGAGAUUAGGCCCAGAAUAUUCAAUCCAUUCCUUUACAAUAUAAGCCUUGAAGAUUGCACAGUACUUCACUAACCUUCAACCUGGAAUGGAUAUCUCACUACUUUAUGCUGAUGUUUUAUUCAGCUGACCAAAUUGUUCAUGUAGAUAAAAGGAGACUCCAAAAAUGUGAUAUUGUAUUAGAAUUACUAGUAGUUUGUGUAACUGCAGACUCGAAACUAAACAGAAAACUUAAAAUGUAACUUAAAAUAUGUCUUAGAUUGAUGGACUGCAUAUAGGUCAUUCUAAUCAAGAAUGUUGGUAUCUGGCAAGUAGAUGAGCAAAUUAGAAAAAUUAAGGGGAAAAAACCUGUCAUACGAAAUCAAAUAAACUGAAUUUUUUCUGA